AUGCUAGUCCUGAAAGAAGUGACUCAUGCUGAUCAGGGACUUUAUGCCAUCAAACUUUUCUCUGGAUUCACCUAUGAGACUGUUCGUUUGACUGUUUCAGAAUGCAUUAAGUCUCACCACAGAAACUAUGGGGAGAAAUUUGAGCACAGCAUCCCUGAAAAUGGCACGCUACUGGAGUUUUCACCCCGGGGUGCUCCAUCUGAGGCCAUGCCAGUUGUGCUGUGGAACCGCACGAACCCUGAGACCAGUGAUGCGGGCCGGGGGCGGCUGCUGCGAGGCGGGAAGGUCUGGGUAGCUGAGAGAGUGACACAAGCAGACCAAGGCAACUACACUGUGAGAGACAACAGGGGGAAGGUCCUCUCCCGCAGCACACUGACUGUCCGCGGGCACUCCUUCAAUGUCACCCGCUUCACCAAGGAGUCUCUAAACCUGCCCCUCUUUCUUCCUGUCCCUCAUACCCAACUCAUUUUUACCCCCACCCGAUACCCCGACGAAUCCUCCCUGGGCCCGUUCGACCCCAAGCCCCCCCGUGGCCCUGUCCAGCUGAUCCGCGAGGGCCACAUAAUGGACCACGACAUGCGCUACAGGGGCCUCAUUUCUCUGGGCAGGAAUGGCACCAUCAACGAGGUCAUCAUAAUGAGGCUGACCUCAAGGCAUGAUGGGGUGUAUGAGAUCAGAGAUGGGGAUGGCAACCUGGUCUCCUCAACGUUGUUGCAGGUGAUCGAAAAAGGAGGCAGAUGGCGAGCACUUUUCAAGUCAAUCACUGUCCCUUCUGGCAUGUUUGUGUCUCUGGCUGGUUUCAUCCUGUUCAUGAAGCGAUACCCGAACUGCAGCCUGUCGCAAAUCAUCUCCGGCCUCAGAACAAACCGCACGCCACCAGCCAACCCUCCGAGGGUUAACAUCCAGGAUUACAGCCAGUCGGGCCCACAGCCCUCAGGCUUCUACAGUCACUCGCAGCAGCCUGGAACACCAAGAAAGUGGACUCCAAGAGCCAGUCCUACUCAUACUAGUUACAGUCCAGAUAUGGUUGGAGUUCCGAGAGCUGAGAACCAGGGAGCACAAAGAUUGGUGGCUCGGAGCUCACCAUGUCAUAAUCCAAAUACUGAGGACACAUCACUCAAUAAUGAGGAGGCGAGAAGGAUUUCCUUUUCAAUGCCGGGGGCUUCAGACUGCCUCCACUCCUCAGAGGACUGUGUUCAAUUCCAGAUCAAGAAAGACGGAGAUAACAACAGCGGCAAUGAAACACAAGAAUUCUUUUCCACACUGCCACUAGACAAGGACACCACUGAAUCCUGCAGUGUUUACACUUCGGAGAAACUGAACUUCUUAUAA